AUGUCGUGGGUUGCUGAAAAUGAAGAAGAAAAGGGGGGAGGCGUCCUUUCGCCAAGGCGGAUGAUUGGUAGAAUUGUAUCCUUUUCCUCUGGAGCUGAAAUGGAGGGCGGGACGAAGACCCCGAGCUCGGACUCGAAGGAAUACCGCCUGAAGCCGGAAGAAGAGCUUCGUUUGGAAGUGGCGGAAGGGAAAUCGGAUUCCGUGAAGCUCGAACUCGCGCAAGGGAUGGCUGAGAUAUUCGGAACGGAGUUGGUCUGCGGCAACAGCUACUCUUUCGGUCCCGGCUCAAAGCUGGCCGUGUUCACCUGGCAUGGCUGCACACUGUCCAUCAAGGGCACCCCGGAAAUGGCCUACGUGGCCCGAGACACCCCGAUGAUCAUCUACCUCAACACGCACGCCGGCGUCGAGACGCUGCGGAAACGGGCGGAAAAGGCGGAGAAACGUGGCCCGGUUGUGAUGCUGGCUGGGCCAGUGGACGUCGGGAAGUCGACGGUGACGAGGAUCCUGUUGAAUUACGCGACGAGGAUGGGACGGUCGCCGUUGUACGUGGACCUGGAUGUGGGUCAGUCGGGAUUCGGCAUCCCCGGCACGAUCGGGGCGUCGUUGGUGGAGCAGCCGGCGUCCCCGGAUGGAGAGUUUGCGAAUAAGGCGCCGUUGUUGUACCAUUACGGGUCGUCCAACAUGGGGGCGAAUCCGAAGUUCUUCAAGGAGCUGUGUCGAGUGAUGGCGGAUGCGGUGCAGAAGAGGCUGGAUGCCAGUAAAAAGGUGAAGUACUCGGGGGCAUUGAUAAACACCGCUGGCUGGGUGAAGGAUGAAGGCUACUCCUGCCUCCUGUUCGCCGUGACCACGUUCAACGUGGACCUCAUCAUAGUCCUCGACCAGGAACGACUCUACAACGAACUGGUUCGUGACGUACCGCCGUCGGUACACGUGGUGUACCAGCCGAAGUCCGCCGGUGUCGUGGAGCGCAGCAAAAGAACGCGAUUCGCGAGUCGCAUGAGCCGCCUGAGAAACUAUUUUUACGGGAAUUUUGAGUCGACGUAUUUUCCGCACACGUUCGAUGUCAAGUUUUCGGAUUUAAGGAUCUUCAAGAUUGGGGCGCCGGUGGUGCCCAAGUCGUGUUUGCCGAUCGGGAUGACGAACGAGGACGCCGAGAUGAAGCUGGUGCAAGUGGCGCCGUCCAAGGAGUUGUUGAAUCACAUGUUGUCGCUGAGUCACGCGACGGUGGACGACGAGAAGACCAUCUCGACGAAUAUUCGAGGGUUUAUUUACGUGACGAAUGUGGACGUGGAGCGGCAGACGGUGACGAUUUUGUCGCCGCAGCCGAGGCCUUUGCCCGACGGCGUUUUGCUUUGGAGUGACGUGAGGUUCAUUGACGCGAAUUGAGAACGUCAGGAGAUAAUUUUAACUUUUUUUUCGUUUUUCGUGGGGUUUGUGCGACGUUCAAAUCUAUUUCCUUAUGCUCUGAACUUUCCGUUUUUAUUUUUCUCUCCCUUGUUUUUUGCUACGAGAGUAAAACUUGAAUGUGUUUGUUGACUGAUAAAUUCUUUAAAAAAAAAGCGGCUUUUGUCAAUCGUGCGAGAACCGUCAAGUGCCUUGGAAUUUCAAAUGAACGCAGACAUCAUUAGUA